AGCUCAAUAGUCUGUGUUCGAGUGAGAGAUACGUUUCGUUUCGACAGCGAUCCAUAAUUACUUGCGAAUCUACGAUAGCCAGAAGCUUCCACUAAUAAGAGCACCAUGCAGAUUUUUGUGAAGACGUUGACUGGAAAAACAAUAACUCUCGAAGUAGAAGCCUCCGAUACUAUCGAGAACGUAAAGGCGAAGAUUCAGGACAAAGAGGGCAUUCCACCUGACCAGCAGAGAUUGAUUUUCGCCGGAAAACAACUUGAAGACGGACGUACCUUGUCCGAUUAUAACAUCCAGAAGGAAUCCACUCUCCAUUUGGUUCUCAGAUUACGUGGUGGAAUGCAGAUCUUUGUCAAAACCUUGACUGGAAAGACCAUCACGUUGGAGGUCGAAGCGUCAGAUACUAUCGAGAAUGUCAAAGCGAAAAUUCAGGAUAAGGAGGGUAUCCCUCCGGAUCAGCAAAGAUUGAUCUUUGCUGGAAAGCAGCUUGAAGAUGGCCGCACGCUUUCUGACUACAACAUUCAGAAAGAGUCAACUUUACAUUUGGUUCUUCGUCUACGCGGUGGGAUGCAAAUUUUCGUCAAAACCUUGACGGGAAAAACCAUUACUUUGGAGGUGGAGGCUUCAGAUACGAUUGAGAAUGUCAAAGCCAAGAUCCAAGACAAAGAGGGAAUUCCUCCAGAUCAACAGAGAUUGAUCUUCGCAGGCAAGCAGCUGGAAGAUGGACGCACCUUGUCAGACUAUAAUAUACAAAAGGAAUCAACUCUGCAUUUGGUAUUACGUCUUCGCGGAGGUAUGCAAAUUUUCGUCAAAACUCUCACUGGAAAAACUAUUACAUUGGAAGUCGAAGCAUCAGACACAAUUGAGAACGUCAAAGCUAAAAUUCAGGACAAAGAAGGCAUCCCUCCGGAUCAGCAGAGAUUGAUCUUUGCUGGAAAGCAGCUUGAAGAUGGUCGCACACUCUCUGACUAUAACAUUCAGAAGGAGUCAACUUUACAUUUGGUUCUCCGACUACGUGGUGGCAUGCAGAUUUUCGUCAAGACACUCACCGGUAAAACCAUCACAUUGGAAGUCGAGGCAUCAGACACAAUUGAGAAUGUCAAAGCUAAAAUUCAGGACAAAGAAGGCAUCCCUCCGGAUCAGCAGAGAUUGAUCUUUGCUGGAAAGCAGCUUGAAGAUGGUCGCACACUCUCUGACUAUAACAUUCAGAAGGAGUCAACUUUACAUUUGGUUCUCCGACUACGUGGUGGCAUGCAGAUCUUCGUCAAGACACUCACCGGUAAAACCAUCACAUUGGAAGUCGAGGCAUCAGACACAAUUGAGAAUGUCAAAGCUAAAAUUCAGGACAAAGAAGGCAUCCCUCCGGAUCAGCAGAGAUUGAUCUUUGCUGGAAAGCAGCUUGAAGAUGGUCGCACACUCUCUGACUAUAACAUUCAGAAGGAGUCAACUUUACAUUUGGUUCUCCGAUUACGUGGUGGAAUGCAGAUCUUCGUCAAAACCCUCACUGGUAAAACCAUCACAUUGGAAGUCGAGGCAUCAGACACAAUUGAGAAUGUCAAAGCUAAAAUUCAGGACAAAGAAGGCAUCCCUCCGGAUCAGCAGAGAUUGAUCUUUGCUGGAAAGCAGCUUGAAGAUGGUCGCACACUAUCUGACUAUAACAUUCAGAAGGAGUCAACUUUACAUUUGGUUCUUCGACUACGUGGUGGCAUGCAGAUCUUUGUCAAGACCCUCACUGGUAAAACCAUCACAUUGGAAGUCGAAGCAUCAGACACAAUUGAGAAUGUCAAAGCUAAAAUUCAGGACAAAGAAGGCAUCCCUCCGGAUCAGCAGAGAUUGAUCUUUGCUGGAAAGCAGCUUGAAGAUGGUCGCACACUAUCUGACUAUAACAUUCAGAAGGAGUCAACUUUACAUUUGGUUCUUCGACUACGUGGUGGCAUGCAGAUCUUUGUCAAGACCCUCACUGGUAAAACCAUCACAUUGGAAGUCGAAGCAUCAGACACAAUUGAGAAUGUCAAAGCUAAAAUUCAGGACAAAGAAGGCAUCCCUCCGGAUCAGCAGAGAUUGAUCUUUGCUGGAAAGCAGCUUGAAGAUGGUCGCACACUCUCUGACUAUAACAUUCAGAAGGAGUCAACUUUACAUUUGGUUCUCCGACUACGUGGUGGCAUGCAGAUCUUCGUCAAGACCCUCACUGGUAAAACCAUCACAUUGGAAGUCGAAGCAUCAGACACAAUUGAGAAUGUCAAAGCUAAAAUUCAGGACAAAGAAGGCAUCCCUCCGGAUCAGCAGAGAUUGAUCUUCGCUGGAAAACAACUUGAAGAUGGCCGUACACUCUCUGAUUACAAUAUUCAGAAAGAAUCCACUCUGCAUUUAGUUUUGAGGCUUCGUGGUGGUAUGCAAAUUUUUGUCAAAACUUUGACGGGGAAAACUAUUACUCUGGAGGUAGAAGCUUCGGAUACGAUCGAAAACGUUAAAGCCAAGAUUCAAGACAAAGAGGGAAUUCCUCCUGAUCAGCAAAGACUGAUUUUCGCGGGCAAACAACUCGAAGAUGGACGUACUCUGUCAGAUUAUAAUAUUCAGAAAGAAUCUACAUUACAUCUUGUACUCCGUCUUAGAGGUGGAAAUGUCUAAUAUUUUCUAUAAUAAUUCUACAAUUGUGAUUUUUUUUUUGUUAAGUACUC